AUGAAUAUUUAUGAUGAGAUUGAGAUUGAAGAUUUUACAUUUGAUAAGGAACUUGAACUAUAUCAUUAUCCAUGCCCGUGUGGCGACCGUUUUGAAAUAUCACUUGAUGAUUUGAAGGAAGGUGAAAAUAUUGCAUAUUGUCCAAGUUGUUCUUUAAUGAUACGUGUGAUUUAUGAUCAGAAUAGGUUUACGCAGGAUGACGAGGAAUUAAGUGUACAAUCUAAACUUAUUGUUGUUUGA